CAGGUGGCACUGGGAAGCUUUCAGGUAUCCAGCUUGCACACUUGUGCCUGUCUGGAUGGUUCUACAAAGCACCUGGGGUAGGGGAUGGUUAUUAAAACAAUAGAUUAAUGUAUAUAUAAUGAAUGUAAGACAAGUGCAUGCUUAAGUCAGAAAUACUGGCUCUGCUGUAUUUCCAUAAUGCUUUUGUGCCUUGUCUGGCUGGAUUUUGGUCUCUUCCACCUGGAUCUCCAGUGCCAUGGAGGCCCUUCAGCUGUGUCCGCCUCGGAGAACUGAGCGUUUCCUCACCCUCACAUCCCUGUGAGUACUUCAAAACCAUCCUUUUAAUGCUCAGCUAUCUAGCACUCUCCAUCACUACUAAGUUUGUGAUAGCAGUUGGCAGUUAACAGAUAAAGAAGUGAUGCUGAAUGUUUUCCCUCCCCGCGGGAGCACAGAAGGUGCUUUGCCUUUGCUUCUGAGCAAACACAAAGGGCAGCCUGGCCCCACUUAGCUGGCUCAGGAGAGGGAUGCAGAAGUGCAAGCAGGCAGGAGCAGCAUGCAGAGCUCUGAUGUUGAUGCUGAACAGGUUUUGGGUUGAGGCAGGUGUUUUGUUGGUGCGCAGUCAGCACAGAUCCUCUGCUCUGGGUGGACCCUACCUGGAACACUGCGUCCAGCUCUGGGUCCUGGUGCAGGAAGGAGCUGUUGGAGCGAGUCCAGAGGAGGCAUGAAGUUGAUCAGAGAGAUGGAGCAGUUCUGCUGUGAGGAAAGGCUGAGAGAAUUGGGAUUGUUCAACCCGGAAAAGAGAAGCUUCAGGCUGACCUAACUGCAGCCUUCAGUACCUGAAGAAAACUUACAGGAAAGAUGCGGCAACACUAUUUACAAGAGCAUGGGACAGGACAAGGAAAAAUGGGUUCAAAUUGAAAGACAGUAGGUUCAUAUUGGAUAUUAGGAAGAAAUUCUUCCCUGUGAGGGUGGAGAGGCCCUGGCACAGAUUGCUCAGGGAAGCUGUGUCUGCCCCAUCCUUGGGAGUGUCCAUGGCCAGGCUGGCCAGGGCUUGGAGUAACUGGGCUAGUGAAAGCCGUCCCCGCCCGUGGCAGGGAGAGGAACGAGAUGGUCUUGCACUCCAGUCCCCUUCCCUCCCGAACGCCCCUGUGAUUCUCUAGACCACGCUCCGUGCUGCUCCACCCGCUCGCAUCGCCGCUGCUCCCCGAGCUGGAGCGGCGGGCGCGCAGCGCCAGCGCGGCUUUGGGAGCCGGCUCGGUGCCGCCUCCCGCGGGCCCGCCUGUGCCCGCCGGUGCGGAGAGGCUGCGGCUGUGCCCCCGCCGCCCGCCCCGGCUCGGCCCCGCCGCGGCGGAGGAGCGGAACGGAGCGGGGAGGGGCCGGGCCGGGCGCCAUGGCGGGGCGGGCGGCGCUGAGGCGGCGGUGAGCGGGCGCUGAAAGGGCCGGGCGGGAGCCCUGAGGGGGCGGUGAAGAGGCAAGGUGGGAGCCCCGCGGCGGCGAUGAGCGGGCUGUGAAGGGGCCGGGCGGCGAUGAACGGGUCGGGGCGGCUGCCGGCCGGGCCCGCGGAGCAGCUGGGCGCGAACGGCAGCGGCCCCGCGGAGCUGCGGGAGGGCACCCACGCCGCCACGCUGGCCGCCUGCGCCUCCCUGCUGGCCCUCGUCUUCUGCCUCGGCUCCUACGGCAACCUCAUCGUGCUGCUCUCCUUCUUCGACCCGGCCCUGCGGAAAUUCCGCACCGACUUCGACUUCAUGAUCCUCAACCUCUCCUUCUGCGACCUCUUCAUCUGCGGCGUGGCCGCCCCCAUGUUCGCCUUCGUCCUGUUCUUCGGCCCGGCCCGCGGCGUGCCCGGCACCUUCUGCUUCACCUUCCACCUCACCAGCUCCGGCUUCAUCAUCAUGUCGCUGAAGACGGUGGCGGUGAUCGCGCUGCACCGGCUGCGCAUGGUGCUGGGCAAGCACCCGCACCGCGCCGCCUCCGCGCCCUGCUCGCUGCUGCUCACGCUGCUGCUCUGGGCCGCCAGCUUCACCCUGGCCACGCUGGCCACGCUGCGCACCCGCGGCUCCCGCCUCUGCCUGCCCAUGGCCAGCCUGCCCCGCGGGCAGGGCAAGCUCAUCCUCUACCUCUACGUGACCGACUUCAUCUGCUGCGUGGCCGUCGUGUCCGUGUCCUACGCGAUGAUCGCCCAGGCCCUGCGCAGGAACGCGCGGGCGAGGAGCUGCCCUCCCGCCGCGGCCGUGGGCACCCCCAGGGCUCUGCCCUUCGCGGGGCCCGGGGCCGUGCCCGCUCUGUACAGGACCCAGAGCUGCAGCAAGCCGCCCCACGGCCACGCCAAGCUCGCCGGCCGGCUGCCGCUGGCCUCGGCCGUCAACCUGGCCGCGGCCAAAGACUCCAAGGCGGUGGUGACGUGCGUGGUCAUCGUGCUCUCCGUCCUGGUGUGCUGCCUGCCCCUGGCCAUCUCCUUGGUGCAGGACAUGCUGUCCGGCAGUGGUGGCUUUGUGCUCUACCAGUUCGAGCUGUGUGGGUUUACCCUCAUUUUUUUCAAGUCGGGACUAAAUCCCUUUAUAUAUUCCCGCAACAGCGCGGGGCUGCGGAGACGCAUGCUCUGGUGCCUGCAGUACGCGGCCCUGCUCUUUUUCUGCUGCGAGCACAAGACGAGGCUUCGAGCCGUGGGCAAAGGCAGCCUGGAGGUCAACAGGAACAAGUCGUCCCACCACGAGACCAACUCGGCCUACAUGUUGUCUCCGAAGCCUCCGAAGAAGGGCUUGGAGCAGGCGUGCGGCGCCAGCCACUCCAAGGACAGCGUGCUGAGCCCCAAGGCGUCCGCGGGGCAGCAGCAGCACUACGGGCAGAGCAGCUCCACGCCGAUGAACACGCGGAUCGAGCCCUACUACAGCGUGUACAACAGCAGCCCCUCGGCGGAGGUGAGCACCCCGCACAGCCUGCAGCCCGCGGGCUCCGCCUUCGCCUUCGCCAAGCCCUGCGGCGCCGCGCUCCAUCGCUCCGGCAGCGGGAUGGCACUCCGGGACUGCGGCGCCGCUCCCGCCAGGCUCAUACCGCUGCCCUCCGUGUAGCCUCGGCACCACCCGGCCCUUCCAGAGGGCCCCCCCGCUCCGCUUCGGGGAGGAAUUGCUGCAAACUCCGCGAUGCUGCUGCCAGUGAAUAGAAACACCGUUCCCGUUUGCGUUGGAAGCAAACGCGGGGCUGUCGCCUCCUUGGACAUCCCGUGCAGAGCCAGCGAGGGGGAUAUUUUAGAUUUGGAAUUGUUGCACGAGGGUGGUUUUGUUACUAAGUUUUACUGCUGGGCAGGUAAAAAAAAAAACCUAGAUGCCAUGAUUGUGUGGUUCAUUAUGUCAUUAGGCCGGGUUGGACAGGGCUCAAAGUAACCUGGGACAGGGGAAGGUGUCCCUGCCUGUGGCAUGGGGUGGAACUGGAUCAUCCUUAAGGUCCCUUCCAACCCAAACCAUCCUAUGAUAACACCAGGUUUUACAGAUACCUUGUAUUUUCAGGAAGGAAGAAUUGGGGAGAUGCUUGGUAGUAUUUGAGUUUAAACUCUUCCCAUUGCAGGAGGUUGGAAGAAUCAAUGUUUUUCAGUAUUAACAAAAGUCCUUUAUGUUCACAGGGUGAAACCCUGCUUCUGUUGAGAUGAAUGGCAAAAUUUCUGUGAACUCAGCUGAAGUUCAGCAUUUCAGUUUUGGCUUCUUCAAGUGGGACAAGGCUUUGUUUGGUCGGUGCUCUGUUUCCACUGGGGAGGGACAUUUGGGAAGUGUGGCCCUGGGAUAAACCUCUGCAGUAUAUAUAUUAAUACCUGCUGGGCCUUGCCUUUAAUGAUGGUGGCAUUCUGUAUCCCAAAAUAAUUUGGAGAAGUGUUUUACGUCUGAUAGAAAUAACCAUGCACUACCUAAUUAUUUGCAUUACUUGAGGGUAAAGAUGAAUUUUGCAAUAUUGUGUGACUUAUACACCAGGAGGAGCACAGUCACCUCUGGAAUUCCCUAACUGGUCAGCUGUCAGGCACAGAGUCGUGUUGCUGCUUGCUCUUGUGCCCAUGACUUUGUAUAAAUUGGGAUUUGGCCGUUCCUGACAGUCAGAAGUGACAGCUGUUAACAUUUCUAAAACCAGAAUGACAAGUUUUUUGAGUUAAGCCUAACAUCAGUUUGAGUUCAUCUGUCUGUUUAGAAAUUUUGUCUGUUUGUCUACACAGUGAGCAAAUAACAGAAGUUAAGUAUUUUUUUAAUAAAUUCACCCGUUUGUGUUGUAUCUUAUUGUGGGAGUUCCCUGGGAGACAGAACAAUUGAGGGGCAUUUAAAUUCCCCUGAAUUUCCCCCUGUCUAAUUUAAGUUAGACUUUUCUUGCUGUAAGUGGCCAGAUCUCUUCCAAACAAGCAAUCACCUUUCAGCUUCUGUGGACUUCAGCAGAGCCUCAGUGUCUCCAAAAUAACUGUGCCACAGGCUUUUGAUGCCUUGCUCGAGGAAAGUGCCACAUCUUCAGGAAAAUGACAGUGAUGGGACCGUGAUUUGUUACUUUAGAAACAAAAAAUGUCCACAUCAUUGCUGUCUGUGAGUUGUUGGUUCAGGCUUUUUGUUAACUAAACUGUUCUCAAGAUUCUCCUGGAACACUGUUCUUUGUUUAACACUGGAUAUGAAUUAAUUCUGAAUAAUUCAAACCAGCUUUCUUGCAAUAAAAUCAGUGUGAACAACUUUCUAAUACAAAUGUAAAAUGAAAAUUAUUUCCAAAGUCUUUUCUCUCUGCCCAGAUUUAUUUUUCUCUAAAUGAAUAAUGUGGUUCUUUUUAAACUAGGCAUAAAAGAUAAUGAAAAUAUCUUGUUUGACUGUUAUGUAUUUGAACUUCUCUUCAGUACAAAUCAUACUGGAGGGAAAAAAUAUCCACGAGGCAGCUUUGGGGGUUUGCUGUGUGUAUGUGCAACUUCUGUGCCAUUAGACCACAUGAACUUCAUCACAUGUUUGAAAAUUAAACCACUCA